AUGAGUAACAGCCAUAUUCUGUCACAGUAUCUAUCUUUAAAUCACGGGCCAUAUUACUCUGAAAGAAUACCAAGUCCAAUUCAAAGAAGAAAGGAGAAUCUUUUUGGAAUUACAAAUUUUCAGACUUUAGUAAGAGAUAAGUUUUCACCAGACAAGAUACACACAAACAAAUAUUUUAUAAAUGAAAAGUCCAGUAGUAAUAUUAUAAGUUCAGAUAAUAGUUUGACCUCGAAUGAUAAGACAUGCAUUAUAAUGAAUAAAUAUCAGGAGAUUAAAAAUAAACACAGGGUAAUUUACUGUGAGAAUAGUGAGUCUGAUGAUGGUCUUUUAAAACGAUCAUUGCAGUUUAUCAAAAAAAUAUCCAAAAAUAAUACUCAUCUGGAAGUCCUUGGGAAUCACUUAAAUAGCCUUGCUUUAUGCGAAAGAAAUCUUGAAAAUAAAAGAAGAGAAUUCAAAAAGCUAGUAUAUGGUUUGGAUGAUGGACAGUUUGAAGAACAAGAGUUAAAAGGAGAUCAAAUAUUAGUAUCACCUGGGGUAGUCAAAUACAAAUAUCCAGUAGAGUGCUCUGAGGGUGAAUUAAACAAGGCUAAAGAUUGCCUAUAUGGUUCAAAGAAUAAAGAGGUGAUUAUUGCAGUUAAUAAUAGAAGUAACAUUGAAUUAAGUAUUGGACUGGUUCAAUGUCUAAGGUCGCAACAAUGGCUUAAUGAUGAAUUAAUCAAUUUUUAUUUUUCAAUGCUCCAGGAAAGGAAUGAUCGCCAAGUCUCCAAAGGCCUUAAGUUAAGGGUAUGGCUUUGGAACUCUUUUUUUUACACCAAAUUAACAAACAAUCAAAAUGGAGGGGAAAAUGGGUACUGUUACAAGAACGUCUCCAGAUGGACACAAAGAAAAAAGAUUGAUUUAUUUGAAUAUGAUCUUGUUCUACUACCUAUUAAUGUUAAUAAUGUGCAUUGGACUUUGGGCGUAGUGAAUUUUAAGCUUGGAUAUAUCCAAUAUAUAGAUUCUUUGGGCGGGAAAUUUCAAGACCAUUUGGGCUGCAGAAAGAUGUCAGCCAUAUUUUUUCAGAACAUGAGCAGGUAUAUCCAAGAUGAGUAUUUGGAUAAGAAAAAGCAAGAGUUUCCAGGUCGGUUAAAACAUUUUACGAACUUUUCAGAACCGGUUCCUCAACAGAAUAAUGGCUCCGACUGUGGGGUUUUCACAUGUAUGUUUGCCGAAUGUCUUUCUGAAGGAAGAUCUUUCGAUUUUGAUGUAGCUCAGAUUGAUAGGAUUCGUGAAGUUAUGCUAGUGGAAUGCAUUAGAAAUGAGAUAUUUUGA